CCCCCGGCAGGCGGUUGGGCAGGGAGGGGAGGAGGAGGCGGCGGCUGCAGCGCAGAUACCGGCAGGGGAGCCGCUUCCCCCGCCUCCACGGCCGGGGAAGGAUUGCGGAGCCGCCGCCGCUCAAGCCGACUCCAGCUACCCAGGUCUGUUUUCUGUUUACAAGCCUGAAGAUGGCUGCUGCUUCUUCCUGCAGUGUGGAAGAAGAUGAAAGCCUGAAGGGAUGUGAACUCUAUGUUCAGAAGCACAACAUCCAACAGAUUUUAAAAGAGUGCAUUGUAAACCUUUGCAUAGCAAAGCCAGACCGACCCAUGAAGUUCCUCAGAGAACACUUUGAAAAAUUAGAAAAGGAAGAAUGCAAACAAAUACUGGCUCGGCAGAAAUCCAGUUCCCAGUCUGAUUCUCAUGACGAUGAGAUUUCUCCUCCUCCUCCCAACCCAGUGGUAAAAGCCCGACGCAGGAGAGGGGGGGUCAGUGCAGAAGUGUACACUGAGGAAGAUGCUGUUUCUUAUGUCAGAAAGGUUAUUCCAAAGGACUAUAAAACUAUGACUGCUCUGGCAAAGGCCAUCUCCAAGAAUGUGCUCUUUGCUCACCUCGAUGACAAUGAACGAAGUGACAUAUUCGAUGCCAUGUUCCCCGUCACACACAUUGCAGGAGAAACAGUCAUACAACAGGGUGAUGAAGGAGACAACUUUUAUGUGAUUGACCAAGGCGAGGUGGACGUUUAUGUCAAUGGGGAGUGGGUCACCAGCAUCGGAGAAGGAGGCAGCUUUGGGGAGCUGGCAUUGAUCUAUGGAACACCCCGGGCUGCCACUGUCAAGGCCAAGACAGAUCUCAAGCUCUGGGGCAUCGACAGAGACAGCUACAGACGCAUUUUAAUGGGCAGCACGCUGAGAAAGCGGAAGAUGUAUGAAGAGUUCCUGAGCAAGGUCUCCAUUUUGGAGUCCCUGGACAAAUGGGAGCGGCUGACAGUGGCUGAUGCACUGGAACCUGUCCAGUUUGAAGAUGGAGAAAAAAUUGUGGUGCAGGGAGAGCCUGGUGAUGAUUUCUUCAUUAUUACAGAGGGCACAGCUUCUGUCCUGCAGCGCAGGUCUGACAACGAGGAGUACGUUGAAGUUGGAAGACUUGGUCCAUCAGAUUAUUUUGGUGAGAUAGCCUUACUGCUCAAUCGGCCCCGGGCUGCCACCGUGGUGGCACGUGGACCCCUGAAGUGUGUGAAGCUGGAUCGGCCCCGCUUUGAACGAGUGCUGGGUCCUUGCUCUGAAAUCCUCAAGAGAAACAUUCAGAGAUACAACAGUUUCAUUUCCAUCAGCGUCUAAAAUGAUCCUUCUGGAAAGCUGCCUUCGUGUGACCUUGUGCACUUAAAUUUGCUCUGUGCAGCUCUGUAGCUUCAUGAGGAAAAAAUAAAAGAUGUGCAUCUUAUGGGUAUUUUUUUCUGUUUAUGUCACGUACUGAAUGUCAGUUUAAAUCUCAUAUACCAUGUAAGUAGGAAGACAACUGCUUGGAUAAGACUAGCUUUGGGGAAGAUUAGGCUCUCGGCUUGCAGGCAAGAUUUUUACCUCUUGUUGGAUCAUAUAGGUUAAAACUGUGUUUUUAACUAUUUAAAAUUAACAUGAAUUUGUAUUUCCCUUAUGAUCUUUGAAGCUGGUCUUAUUCCUCUUUUGUCAAGCUUCUUUGAUCAAGCAAUGUCCCUCUGCCUGUCACUUUUAAAAGCCUUUUCACUGGUUGUGGACUGGAGGUUUCUGAAAUCCCACAGGGUGAGUGGCAGUCACAUAGUUUAAGAGGGAAGGUUUUGAUCAUUCCAAAACACCAGGGAAAAGUAGAGCUUUUUAGUCAUUCUGUAUAGAUACAGGAGCCAUACUCCUCUGUAUUACAAGCCCUUUCAGGUCUGCUUCGUGGGAUAUGCUAACUCAAACAGCCAGCUCCAGUGUUCUGGGUGAAGAGGUCAAGGGACAAUGUGUUUUAAGAAUUCAGAUGGAGCCUUUAGGGCCUAACUUAUUUGUUCUCAGCUUUUUUUUUUUUUUUUUUUUGUUAGUAAGGAUUUGCAUUACAUCCCUUAGAAAUCCAACAGGAACUUCACUGCUGAAUUAAGUGGGCUUUGAAAGAUACUGACCUGCAGCAGAGUGUCCCUCAGCCACUUCUCUGAAUACUAUAUGAAAUGUGGAAGAGAUGGUGCAAGAUGUAUAUCAGGGGCAACAACACCAGGUUGUUUUUAGUAAGGUCCACUUAAUAAAAUUCAUAUGCCUUUCUUCUGUGCAGCCUCACUGGCAGCUGUAACUGCCCUGCCUAAGCAUGGGUCUUCUCCUGACUGGAGCUUUUUGCAGAUCCAGACCUUGCUCUGCUGUGCAGCCCUCAAGGAUGGGAGCAUUUAGAUUAUUCUUUGGGAAGCUUUUCCUUUGGAGGAAAACUUCUCUUUGCUAAUAGCAGCAAAGGUCUGCAUCUCAGCUACCCACUUUUUUUUUUUUUUUUUUUUUUUUUUUUUUUUUGUGGCAAAAUUCUGUUUCUUCUUUAUGAUGACAUUCUUCUGGGGAAGUCCAAACUUUCCACGCCUUGGACAUGCCAGAGGUUACACAAUGAAAUAAGGCAGCAGUCUCCUUUUUGAGACUAGAGAUAUUAGGGAAGAACAUGGUUAAAAUUACUCCUACUGACAUGUAAUGUGCUUUAUUCUUUGAAACUAACAAAAACUGUCUUGGGACUUUCCUAUUGACUCCUGCUAAGAGGGCCCAGUACUCCAGUAGCUGCCCACAGUGGGUUUUGCAGAGUUGACUGCUUCUCCACUUCAGAAUCCUCUCAUCACUUCAAGGUGCUUACUUUAUUUUGGCAGAUUUCCAGUGGUCCUGUCAGUGUAUUGUCGUUGCUACUAUUUAUUAUGGUUCUGUUAUGCUUCUUGCAUGUGUUAUUAAAUAUGACCAUUCACGUUUUUCAACCUUGCAGUUUUUAUCACAUAUGUUUAUAGAGGCAAAACCCCCAUUAUGUAGAGAGAGAAAUGUAUAUGUGUUUGCAAAACUGAUUUGCUUCACCGUUUUUGUAUUCUCUUGUGCCAUUUUUUUAAAUAUAUUUUUUAAAGGUUACUGGUCACUCAUGUAUGUUCUUUUACCUAUUUGCAUUUCUGUUGUAUUGGUAAAAAUUUGUGAUAUGAUAUGCAAGACAGACAUUUGUUGUUAAACACCAAGUAUUAGCCUCACUGUUUAGAAGUUACCCAAGCGCACACACACAACACACACAGAUUCUUUGCUUUAAAUCUUUACAGCUUAUGGAAAAUACAUUUGGAUUAUGGUUCUGUUAUAAGCAAUCUCAAGAGAAGUGUAACCAUUUAAUACCAGGUUUCCUCUGCUUUGAGUGGAACAAAAUGAUCCACCAUGACAUUUUAAAGAUCAUUGUAAUAUUUGCAGUGGAUGAUGGGACGGGAUUAUGGUAUGAAUAAAAUUCUUCUACAUUA